AUGAUUGAGACUUGCUGUAAGGGCCUAACGAUCGAGCCUUGCUGUAAGGGCCUAACGAUCGAGCCUUGCUGUAAGGGCCUAACGAUCGAGACUUGCUGUAAGGGCCUAACGAUCGAGACUUGCUGUAAGGGCCUAACGAUCGAGACUUGCUGUAAGGGCCUAACGAUCGAGACUUGCUGUAAGGGCCUAACGAUCGAGACUUGCUGUAAGGGCCUAACGAUCGAGACUUGCUGUAAGGGCCUAACGAUCGAGACUUGCUGUAAGGGCCUAACGAUCGAGACUUGCUGUAAGGGCCUAACGAUCGAGACUUGUUGUAAGGGCCUAACGAUCGAGCCUUGCUGUAAGGGCCUAACGAUCGAGACUUGCUGUAAGGGCCUAACGAUCGAGACUUGCUGUAAGGGCCUAACGAUCGAGACUUGCUGUAAGGGCCUAACGAUCGAGACUUGCUGUAAGGGCCUAACGAUCGAGCCUUGCUGUAAGGGCCUAACGAUCGAGACUUGCUGUAAGGACCUAACGAUCGAGGGAUCGUCAACAAAAUAA